AUGGGCACAGGACGCAAUUACAGCACGAUGCUGGGCCCAUGGUGGGGGACCCGGGCCAGCUAUAGUCCCCAGCAGGCAGGAUGGCCGGCGACAAGGAGCGGCCUGACCCUGGGAGUCUGCCUUACGGAGCUGCCCCGGAAGGACUGUACAGAAGCUCCUGGCCUGGAGCCACCAGCCACGUCCCUGUCCACGGUGGCCAAAGGCACAGGAACACUCAAAAGACCCACCAGCCUGAGCCGCCAUGCCAGUGCGGCGGGCUUCCCACUCUCAGGCAAUGCCACCUGGACCUUAGGCCGUGGGUACCGAAGCCCCCUUUCUGCCGCCAGUCCUGCAGAGCUACCCAUUGAGGGAUCUUUCCCUGAUGGGGUAGAAGACAUCUCAACCCUGCUGGCCGACGUGGCCCGCUUUGCUGAGGGCUUGGAGAAGCUCAAAGAGUUUGUGCUGCGGGAUGACCUCCUUGAAGCCCGCCGGCCACUGGCCCAUGAGUGCUUGGGUGAAGCUCUGCGAGUCAUGCGUCAGGUCAUCUCCAGAUACCCACUCCUGAACACCGUGGAGACACUCACAGCCGCUGGGACACUCAUUGCCAAGGUCAAAGCCUUUCACUACGAAUGCAACAAUGAAUCAGAUAAGAGGGAGUUUGAGAAGGCUCUGGAGACCAUUGCUGUGUCCUUCAGCUGCACUGUGUCAGAGCUCCUUUUGGGUGAAGUGGACAGCAGUACUCUCCUGGCCGUGCCUCCUGGGGACCCCAGCCAGUCCAUGGAGAACCUUUAUGGGGCCGGCAACGAGGGGCUCCCACACAGCGUGGAGGAAUGUGAAGAAGGUUGCCUGCCCCCGGAGGAGGUGGACAUGCUUCUGCAGCGCUGCGAGGGGGGCGUGGAUGCCGCACUGCAGUAUGCAAAAGACAUGGCCAGGUACAUGAAGGACCUCAUCAGCUACCUGGAGAAGAGGACCACCCUGGAAAUGGAAUUCGCCAAAGGUCUACAGAAGGUUGUCCAUAACUGCAGACAGAGUGUCACGCAUGAGCCCCACAUGCCUCUCUUGUCCAUCUACUCACUGGCCCUGGAACAAGAUCUGGAGUUUGGGCACGGCAUGGUGCAGGCAGCGGGCACACUGCAGACUCAGACCUUCAUGCAGCCCCUGACCCUGCGGCGGUUGGAGCACGAGAGACGCAGGAAGGAGAUCAAAGAAUCUUGGCAUCGCGCACAGAGGAAGCUGCAAGAGGCAGAGACCAACCUGCGCAAGGCCAAACAGGGCUACAAACAACGCUGUGAAGACCAUGACAAGGCCCGGCUCCAGGUGGCCAAAGCUGAGGAGGAACAACAGGGCACGGGGCCAGGAGCAGGGACUGCAGCCUCUAAGGCCCUGGACAAGAGGCGGAGGCUGGAGGAAGAGGCCAAAAACAAGGCUGAGGAGGCCAUGGCCACUUACCGCACAUGCGUAGCAGAUGCAAAGACACAGAAGCAGGAGCUGGAGGACACAAAGGUGACUGCGCUGCGGCAGAUCCAGGAGGUCAUCAGACAGAGUGACCAGACCAUUAAGUCGGCCACCAUCUCCUACUACCAGCUGAUGCACAUGCAGACGGCGCCGCUGCCGGUGAACUUCCAAAUGCUGUGCGAGAGCAGCAAACUCUAUGACCCUGGCCAACAGUACGCAUCUCACGUGCGUCAGCUGCAGCGGGGCGAGGAGCCCGACGUGCGCUACGACUUUGAGCCUUAUGUCUCCACCAGCGCCUGGUCCCCAAUCAUGCGUACACGGAAGGGCAGCUUCAACCCUGGAGAUGCUUCAGGACCCGAAGCUGCUGGCAGUCCCCCCGAGGAAGGUGACACCUCUGAGGGGGCUCCUAACAAGGACCACAGGGGGGGACGAGGUCACCAGGUACAUAAGUCCUGGCCCAUCUCCAUCUCAGACACCGAAGUCGUCCUGGACGCCAGCUCAGGGGACUUGAAGAAGUUCGAUCGAACAUCGUCCAGUGGGACCAUGUCAUCCAGUGAGGAGCUAGUAGAUCAGGAAGCCGGCUUGGUAGCUUCGGCCUUUGAUUCAGCUGACCUCAAUGGCAUGGACCCCGAGUUACCUGUGGCCAUGCCCAGUGGACCCUUCCGCCAUGUGGGAUUGUCCAAGGCAGCCCGCACACACCGACUUCGCAAGCUGCGCACGCCGGCCAAGUGUAGAGAGUGUAACAGCUAUGUGUACUUCCAAGGAGCCGAGUGUGAAGAGUGCUGUCUGGCUUGUCACAAAAAGUGUUUGGAGACCCUGGCCAUCCAGUGUGGCCACAAGAAGCUUCAGGGCCGCCUGCAGCUGUUUGGACAAGACUUCAGCCAGGCAGCCGGCAGUACCCCUGAUGGGGUGCCCUUUAUUGUCAAAAAGUGUGUCUGUGAGAUUGAGCGGCGGGCACUGCAUACCAAGGGGAUAUACCGGGUCAACGGCGUGAAAACGCGUGUGGAGAAGCUGUGCCAGGCCUUUGAGAAUGGCAAAGAGCUGGUGGAGUUGUCACAGGCCUCGCCCCACGACAUCAGCAACGUCCUGAAGCUAUACCUGCGGCAGCUUCCGGAGCCCCUCAUCUCUUUUCGCUUCUACCAUGAGCUGGUGGGGCUAGCUAAGGACAGCCUAAAGGCAGAGGCGGAAGCCAAGGCAGCGAGCCGGGGCCGGCAGGAUGGGUCCGAGAGUGAGGCUGCCACCUUGGCCAUGGUGGGCCGCCUACGUGAGCUCAUGCGGGACCUGCCAGCCGAAAACCGGGCCACACUCUUAUACUUGCUGAGGCACCUGCGAAAGAUCGUGGAAAUGGAGCAGGAUAACAAGAUGACCCCUGGGAACCUGGGCAUCGUUUUCGGGCCCACACUGCUGCGGCCUCGGCCCACUGACGCCACCGUGUCCCUCUCUUCUCUGGUGGACUACCCCCACCAGGCCCGUGUUAUCGAGACUCUGAUUGUCCACUAUGGCCUGGUCUUUGAGGAGGAGCCAGAGGAGGCACUUGGCAGCCAGGAGGGGGUGUCCACCCAGUGCGCCCAGCUGGAGACUGCUGAGGGCGUUGUCUUUCCCCUGCAGGAGGAUGCCGAGGACGGAAGCCGAGAAUCUCACGUGGCGUCCAAUGACUCGGACUCCGAGCUGGAAGAGGCUUCUGACGCGCUUUCAUCCUCGGACGCCAGCGCUCUGCACCGCCUUAGUUUCCUGGAGCAGACGGAGGCAGGCCUAGAGGAAGGUCCCCAGAGCCACAGUGGCAGCGAGGAACAGCUGGAGGGUGAGGAUGGAGCCCCGGGCCUGAGGCUGUGUCACUUCAACACCAACCAGUCCAACAACACAGCACAGGUCCCUCUGCCUGCCAUGCGGCUCCGAGAUGGGCAGAUCACAGGUAGCACCGGUUGGCAGCGGAGGCCACAGUUCGUCUGAGCUGGAUGGUGAUGGUGGGGUCCAUCAACUCACUGCCAGCCACUCUUAGGGGUCACUAUGGGCCCUUGACUUGGGGGAUUUCAUACAAAUGCCAAGAAACUUCAGGGACCUCAGGGACCCCUGGCGAGUACUCUGGACUCAGAUGGUCAAUGGUCCCCUUUGUGUGCUUGUGCGAGUGCAGCCACAGAUUCCCAUGAUGCCCUCAUCUCUCCCACGAGUGGGUGCAGCAUCGGAAUGCUGUGUGGUGGGUGCAGCAUUGGAACGCUGUGUGUUGGGUACAGUCCUGGCUUCUGUGUGCGGUGCUGGAGGUGGCUCUGGCCUCAGAAAUCUUGCAGGAGGCUGGACGUGGACAGACGGGUGGGGUACACAGUGGGUCUCUCCCAAGGAGCAGUGGAGGAAUUUUACA